AUGCCGGCGUUGCAAUGGUUAGGAAGGAAGUGGCGCACUGGAACUGAUGAUUUUUUUCUAUCCAGCUUCGUAUUUUUCUCCGCUCUCACUACUAGUGGGACCCUUAUACUAUCGCGCUUUGGCGGAUGGUUCAGUGUUGACAUGAAGGGAUGCCCAGGAGUUCCUCCAAAAUACGAACGGUGUGUGUACGCCCUUGGAAUCAUCAGCUGUGUUGGCGCUUCGUUUCACCUUGCUAGUGCGUUGCUGAGUUGUCGUGGUGGUCCAUUCCAUGUGUCGAAGCGGCGUCAUGUGGGCACGCUUCUUUAUUUGACGACAGCAACGGCGCUAAGUUGUUUGCCGCUCAGUUCCGUUGUUUUGAAGUAUUCCUUGUAUGACGGGUUUAUGAAAAUGUGCGAUCCAUUUUCAAGACGCUCCCUGUACGCAUCUCUGCUCGUCAAUAUCGUGGUUUCGCUGCUGCAUGUCAUCUCCCUCCUCCUUUCAUUCGACCCCAAUGGGGGUCGCAAGUGGGGGGACUCAGAGGAGUACAAGAUGUUGUGGGGCAGGCGGUGUCGCCUCCUUUGUUGCUGUUGCUUCCGUCCAGCAGAAGACGACGAUGACGUGUUUGAGGAUGCAGCAGCUACUCUAGCUGCGUUCUUUCAAGGUUAUGAUUUGGUGCCCAGCGACAUAUUUGCGGGCAUGAUCCUGCUACACGACGCACAGCGGCGGGUGCUUCUUGAGCGUGUGGCGCACGUUCGCUUUCCGCCACCAGAUGAUGGGUGCAAAGAGCGCGUUAGUAGCCAGGCCCGCUACUUCCCUUUGCUAACCUCACAGCAACGGCAGUGUGUGGUGGAACUGCGGCAGUACAGCCGUUUUUACAUGGCCGCUUAUGGGUGUCUUCUGUAUCUUCAUAUGAACCUCUGUACUGGCCUACCGAAGUUGUGCUGCAGCGACCCAAAGAUGUGCUGCCGCAAGCGUGCAAACUCGCACCAGGGGGCGGGUUGCUUCUGCGAUCUGACGGCUGCCCUCAAGGUGAGUGGCCUUGCAGAGGAAGAUAUUAUCCUUUCUAAUUGGAGGAAUGCUCUCUUUCGCCCUGUGUUCUACGUCGCUUUGGACCGAGAGACGGCAUCCAUUGUUGUUGCAAUCCGUGGGACGCUCUCAUUUGUCGACUGCAUAACCGAUGUGACGGCUACCCCGGAGCCACUGUUUAUUCCCGAUCUGGCGAAUAGUGAACGCGCGUGCGCCAACGACUAUUAUGUUCACGGGGGGAUAAAACGGUCUGCUGAAUACGUGUUGCGCGAGCUGAGGGAGUCGGGUGUGCUCGAGGCGGUGCUGCAUGGUGGGCUCAAUAGCUACAGACUCGUCGUCCUGGGGCACUCGCUUGGUGCUGGUGUUGCCGCGGUACUUAGCAUCUUGCUCUACGCCACAGAAGAGGGCGUACGGGAGCGGUUGCGAUGCCUUGCGUAUUCACCACCUGGGGGGCUGAUGUCACCGGCUCUUGCGCACUACAGCAAAGAUUUUAUCUUAGCCUGCUUUGUCGGAAACGAUGUAAUCCCACGGACGGCCUCUCACACUUUUGACGAUCUCCGGGAAUCAGUGCUGGACGUGCUGGAGAGCUGCAACAUGUCGAAACCGUUGAUUUUCGCGAACAGAUGCAUUCUAGGAAGGCGGAACAGCUCGGCGGGCAGGUGUGAACCGUUAUCUUCAGAGGAAAGCAGGGCAGUGCGAGCGCAGUUGCAGUCCAAAGCGUGCGUACUCCCUAUGGAUCAGAGGAAACUGUUUCCCCCAUAUACGCUGGUGCACCUACGCAAGGCCGUGGUGCGGUGGACUCCUAAAAGCUGUUGCUGCAUCCCAUGUUGUUGUUGUAGCAAGCGGGAGAACGUGUUUGUCCCUACAUUCGAGACUCCGGACGACGUGCAAACCGUGGUGUGCUCCCCAUCGAUGUUUUCCAACCACUUCCCAGACUACGUAUUUGACGCGCUUGAGGAAACAACGGAGCGGCUGCAGCGCGGUGAGCUAGAGCGAUUUUUCGAUUGCCAAUACUACAACACAACCAACUUUGCACACCCCACCUAUGGUGCAACGCCCGUUAACGGUAGCAUGGGCGUUGUGUAG